GCAAUUAACGUCUCCAGCUCACUCGCAGUCCGAGCGGAAGCGAUAAUGGCUGCCUGUUCUUCUUCUUCCCACUACUACCACUUCCUCUUCUUCUACCUUCUACUUGCUUUCGCUGUUAGCACUGCCACCGCCGCUUCUUGCUCGGCUGCUGACCGAGCUGCGCUUCUCGAGUUCCGAUCAGCCCUCUCCGACCCCUACAUCGGUGUUUUCUCCUCCUGGACCGGCAGCGACUGCUGCUCUCAAUGGUACGGGGUGUCCUGCGAACCGUCGACCGGCCGCGUCGCCGAUCUUAUUCUCCGCGGGGAAUCCGAAGACCCAAUCAUUACACGAGCCGGACGAUCCGGCCUCAUGACCGGCCAGAUCUCGCCAGCCAUCUGCCGCCUCAACAGCCUCUCAUCUCUCAUCAUUGCUGACUGGAAGCAGAUCUCUGGCCCCAUUCCCCCUUGCAUAACCACUCUGACCUCCCUACGCAUUCUAGAUCUCGUCGGUAACCGCCUAUCCGGCCCUUUACCUGCCGACAUUGGCAAAUUCUCCCAACUCACUGUCCUCAACGUCGCCGACAACCAGAUUUCUGGCUCAAUCCCCAAAUCCCUAACCCAGAUUACAGGAUUAAUGCACCUUAACCUCGGCAAUAACCUCUUAACCGGUUCGAUCCCUUCCGACUUCGGCAAUUUGAAAAUGCUUAGCAGGGCUCUCCUCGGCCGGAACCAGCUCUCUGGCGUGAUUCCGAACUCAAUCAGUUACAUGAACCGCCUCGCCGACCUCGACCUCUCCGAUAACAAGAUCUCGGGGUCAAUCCCAGCAUCUUUCGGAUCGAUGCUGGUGCUCUCCUCUCUCUACCUCGACAGCAACCUCCUCACCGGCGGGAUUCCGGCGGAGGUUUUGGGGAGCAAGGGAUUGGGUAUUCUGAAUCUAAGCAGAAACGGCCUUGAGGGUUCGAUUCCUGAUGCGUUCACAUCGAGAUCGUACUUUACGGCGAUGGAUCUCUCGUACAAUAAACUUACCGGAGAUGUGCCAAAGACUUUGCUAACGGCGGCGUUCGUUGGCCACCUUGAUCUAAGUCAUAACCAUCUGUGCGGUCGGAUUCCCACGGGUUCGCCGUUCGAUCACCUCGAAGCGGCGUCGUUCUCCAAUAAUGACUGUCUCUGUGGCUGGCCGUUACAGGCCUGCCAGUGAUCAAAUUGCAACGGUUGGGAAAUCUUGGCCGUUCGCUUGGGAUUGGGUGUCGUUGAUGUCUGUGGCUAUGUACUAUGUGCACUUUAUGCGAUUUUAUUUAUUAUUAUUAUGUAUGAAACUCAAGAAAAGAAAUAUAAUUAAUGGAAGGGAUUAAGUGGGUUGUAGUGCACGUGGAGGUGUCAGUGUUAAAUACUCGGUUUGCUUUAUGAUUUGGGAGAAAAAAGCGAGAAGGGUUAUUAUAGUUCCAUGUUCGUUUUGAAUGCUUCAAACCUUGCAGAAAAUAUGUGAGCCAGCUUGAACGUUUCAUGCGAUUGAACCAGUGAUUUGGGUCCCUUAAACUCAGUUUCAUUUGGUUCAAAUUGAUUAAGCCAGUAUAAGUUUAGGGUUCUUGAGAGCUA